AUGGCGUAUCUACACCACGUCCUGACGGUAUGCAACUUUCUUGCAUUUCUCCUUGUUUUAAGCCCGCUCCCUUGGCAUAUUCAAUCUUGGAAUACGGGGACAUGCUUCUACAUGUUCUGGUGUGCGCUAGGAUGUCUCAUACAUUUCAUCAAUGCCAUAGUCUACGAUGGGACCCUUGAAGUCCAAUCGGCUAUAUGGUGUGAAAUGUCGGGCAGGCUUGGAGCUGCCACCAGCUAUGGAAUCCCGGCCGCAGUGCUCUGUAUCAAUCGUCGACUCUUCAUCAUAUCUCGUGGUGGCAGCCACCAGACGCCCUCACGCCGUAAAAUGGUUAUCGCUGAUAUAGCGAUCGCGGUCCUGAUCCCUGCUGUACUGACUUGCCUUAUAUCCCUGCCUCAAGGACAUCGAAGCGACUUACUUGAGGACAUCGGCUGCCUUCAACCAUACUAUAAUACGGUCCCCGCUAUUAUGAUCCAAGGUUUACCUCCCCUCUUGAUUGGGCUGGCCUCAGGCGUAUACGGCGUUCUCAAUGUCCGUGUUCUGUACUCGAGGCAAACCGAGUUAAAGCGCUUGCUAUCUGCUGGUAACAUCACCAUCGACUUCAGCGAAUACUACCGCCUAUUUUGUCUGGGGACAAUCGAUGCAAUCUUUACAAUCCCUCUCGCAACAUGGACCAUGUAUACGCUAAUGACCCACACUCCUUUCCGCCCUUGGAUAUGGGCCGAUGUUAAGUUGAACUACAACUCGAUAUGGCUGCUUCCUCGCCCUUACUGGGAAUCUUACUCGUCGGUACAGUUCAAGGUCGGGCAAUGGUUCAAUGUGCUAUGCGCCCUCGUCUUCUUCGCUUUCUUCGGGUGUAGCAAGGAAGCGAGGGCUAGGUAUCGGUGUGUCGUCCUUUGGGCAAUCAAGCCAAUUUAUAAACCCAAGCCUCCGCCACAAAUUCAAUUCAAAGAGUGA